AUGACCAUGGUAGAUUUUCGACGACCAGACCCGUAUCAACUGCCUCACAGGAAACCUUUACCUCCAGUUCCAGACAUCUCCAAGCGGACAGAUCUCCGACCAUUGAGCAAAAUCAUUCCUGACAUCGGCUUGCCUCCUUCUCGGCAGUCACCUCCGACUUCGACAUUCUCCUCAUACACCCGCAAUGGCCCCAAACCGCCGCCCACCUCCUCUCCCUCACCACAACAGUAUCCCAACGCGAUAGCCAAAGCACGGCGCACUCCCUCCCAAUCGACUACAUCUACGUCACAUUCCAAUACGGGCUAUCCGCCAUCCCGAACUCCGUCCAAUGUCUCUGUCCUCAGCCGGAAUGCUUCAACACGCUCUGGCGCCUCGACUACACCUGGCAGCUAUGUGGCGCUGAUGCGAAAGCAGAAAGCCACCGUUUGGUGCGAUCGGUCUCAACAUGAAGAUCCGCGGAUAGCGGCACAACACAAAGCAGCAAAGAUACGGGCAGCGAGGGAAAUAACUGGGCAGGCGGAGGGUCGGACGAGUACAAGUGGCAGCAUGGGCAGUAGCAGCUUGGGCGUCAGGAGCAAAAUCAGGCAUCAUGGCCUGCCGAAAGCUACGGGAUACAGUGGUGCUAACAUGGUGGGAGGAGGUGUUCCCAUGAGACUGAGCGCUAAUGAGGUCGGCGAUGAUGGGAAUCACUACGAUGAUGCGGAUAGUGGCAGACGCAUCAGUGGAAGGAGCUCGGGCGAUAACAGGUGGCUGAGCGUCGACCAGCAACAACGCGGGAACAGGUACAGUCAAGGCAGCACGCCCACCGGAAGCGGGCAAGGAAGCAGUCCAAACGAUGAUAUACCGGAGAUGGCAGAGACGGAGGAGACUCCUGUGCCUGGAAACCAACAGCAACAGGGUGCGGACUAUUUCGCGCAUGAUUCUGGCAAGGGCGGCAGUGGGGGAUCGAGCGAACGUGAGAACAGUUUUGGGAACGUGGGACAGAUGCAGGCGCCCAAGGUAGAGAAGGAGAGCAAGACGAUCGACGAUUUGAGGAGGAGGGGAAGUGUGGAUGAGAGGGCCAAUACAAUGGGCUACAUGGGCGGAGGAAGGCUGUUUGUUGCUAAUCCUGAUUUGAGUGAUUGA